GGUGCCCGGCCCGCCAGAGGAAAAAUAGAAAAUGGCGAGCCCGUGUAAAAAGCAGCAAUGCACAAUCGACAGGCGCGGCUUUCGGCAGGAACUUGAYUCGUGGCGACACAAACUCAUUCACUGUGUAGGGUUUGAGAGCAUUCUUGAAGGUCUGAUCAGUCCAAGGUUGAUAGAAAGCCUAAAAGUAUUUAAGGACUCAAAGCCUGUUUCUGAUUGGUCAUUUGAUGAAAACUGCUUAUUUUGCUGUUUGCGAAGAGACAAAGUCAAAGAUCACUUGAUUGGCUUAAACAAAGGGCUUGAUGAGAAACGUCUCCUGGUUAAAGAUCAGCUCACAAUCAUCAGACUAGAGAAGCAAGCAGAGGAGUUUCUCAGUGCAGUUCUCUGCAGAAAAGAUGUGCCAAAUUUCUCAGAUCCACACAUUCCAGUAGUGGCUCGAGAGAUUCUCCAGAGAAUGAUCAGUCAGUUCGCUGCCGAAUAUACCUCAAAAACCAGCUCUCCUCAGGACAGUCGUUCAGACUCCCCGCCUCACUCUGACCAAAGCCUGCCAGCCCCUCGCUCCCUGUCAGGGCCUCCUCCCAUGAUUCCUGCUGCCGCUCUGGCUGGGCCUGCACACAACCAGAACCCGGUGCUGUGCAAGCUCCUCAUGGCUGAUCAGGAUGCUCCCCUUGACCUCACCAUCAAAAAGCCCCCGGCAGAACCCACCGAACAAGAUGGAGUUCUUGAUUUGUCUAUCAAAAAGAGCCGCCAUAGCAACAGCAGCUUACCUGGUCACAGUCUCUGCUUUUCUCCAGCCACAUCCACACCAAAAGGUGGGUCUCCAGAUCAUCGUGUGGCCAAAGUGAAAGACCUGCAGUCUACAGUCACACUGGAACAGCUCAUGGCCAAACUUUGUCCCCAUCAUCAGCGACAGAUAGUAGAUGCCAUUGGCUUUCUUCAGAUGGAAGUGAAAGCACAUGCAUCUUGUAAUACACAGAAAGCCUCAAACUCUACCACUGGGAACCAAGGAACAGUUGGUUCCAGUGAGAACUCCAGUAGAGACGUCCCAGAGAAAUCACUUCCAGAGCUAAAACAUCCUAGUGAAUCUACCCCUAAGGCAGAAGCCAAGGAAUUACCUUAUUCUAUCCCAAGCAGCUGUACACUGAAGAAGAUUCCAGAGAAUGCCGUGUCCUUGAAAACAUCUGUAAAUGACGAUUCUGCUUUGAAUAGUUUCAAUCUUGGAGCAGGAAAUAACCAACAUCUAACCACUCCUCCUGCUAAUCCGGUGGAUGGAGAGAACGAUAGUUCCAGUGAUCAUGCCCCUCUUAAGAUGAAAAUUAUGACCAGUAACGUUGCUGCUGGUAAAAAGUUGUCCUGUGUUCUCAAUACCGCAUUUGCUUCUCACUCUGAGACUUUUGAGAACAAACAGGCUGGCACAAAUUCAUCCAAUAGAGAGACUCACAGUGCAAGACUUAGUACUUCUGUGAAAAGACACAAUCAGACUAGCCUCACACAUGAAGCUAGGCAGAGGGAGGCUCUCGGGCACCCCAAAAAUACACCAGCAAAAGUGUUUCCAGUUCACUUGACCAUUUGUUCAGAUUCUGCUCGAACUGCCAGGAAGGGCAGGAGGAUGUCUAGUGAACAUGGGAUCAGGGAUUCUGUGUGUAGGGAAAUGGUAGACCCUGAUCUUGGCAAUUGUGACAUUGUUUUUAUAGACAAGCCAAUUACAGAAUGUUUUAAGAAACAACGACGCAAUGUGCACCCUCGCCGCAAUGCCAGGAAAAGCACCAGGGGGCACUUGUAUUCAGAUGAAAUCUGGGAGUUAAAAACUGUUCGCACGUUGGCUGGAAGAGGCAACUGUCUUAAUCCAAUGCCAGAGCUGAUCACACUGGUCACCCCAAAACAAAUACUUGCAAGACCUGAAGGUGUACCUCCUGUUGAUAUGCCUUUUGCUGGAGCAUGCACAGAAACAGUGACUCAACAAAUGCCCACAGAAAAAUCAGAUGAGAGUUUAAUUCUAGGAGCAGGAGAUGUUGUGGAAGUAGCAGCUAGUAAAGUAGACAUGGUAGUUGAAAUGAGUCAGACAGACCAGUGUCAGAACAAAGGACAGUCCAGUCCAGCAACUCCAGUAGCGCUUCCAGCUGAGAAUCAGGAAAAUCUUGCAGAUGCCUUUGCGGAACAGGAAAAAACAGCAGGAUUAGAAACAAUGGUACAAAGUGAAGAAAUUGUUGCUCUGUCUCCACAUAAUGAAGCAACAAAAGAGAAUGAACUAGAGCCACAAAAGGUCAUAGAUCACAGUACAGAGCAAAUAAAUUCAGAAAAAGAAGUGAAACCAGUUGAAAGUGAUACCAUAGAAGGAGCUGAGCCUCAGCUUUUAUCUGACAAGUUGCCCAACAGUGAACCUGAUCCUCUGCAGAAUAAUACAUCCCUUUCUCCGGUGCAUCAAGUUGAGGAGGUGAUGGAAGAAGUUAAAGAUGAAAAUAUUCUAAAUGUGCAACAUCAGGAACUUCCGUCUGAGACACAAAUACAGCAUGAUAGCGUUGAAGUAACUGAAAAGUUAAUAAACACAGGUCCAGUAGAGGAAAAGUUAAUAAACACAGGUCCAGUAGAGGAAAAGUUAAUAAACACAGGUCCAGUAGAGGAAAAGUUAAUAAACACAGGUCCAACAGAGGAAAAAUUAAUAAACACAGGUCCAACAGAGGAAAAAUUAAUAAAUACAGGUCCAGCAGUGGAAAAAUUAAUAAAUACAGGUCCAGCAGAAGAAAAGCUAGUGAACACAGGUCCAACAGUAGAAAAGUUAAUGAACCCAGGUCCAGCAGAAGAAAAGUUAAUGAACCCAGGUCCAGCUGAGGAAAAGUUAACGUACCCAGGUCCAUCAAAGAAACUAACCGUGGAACAGUCAGAAGUUGAAACACCUGAAACUGUUGACAACUCWUUACUUGCAGCAACAGAAAAUAACGAUGAUGCCUCAACAAAGACACUUGAUUCACCUCUGAAAGGGUUACCACCUUCACGUCAGAAAAAAGGUACCAAAAGUUUGCUUUCAAAGUCAUUAAACCAGACAGAACCGGUCAUAGUGGGUUAUGUCAAGAGCAAGCCUGUAUCAGCUUCGGACAGAAGUUUGCGCCAUAGAGUAGGUAGCAACCCUUUUUCACCUAGUAAAACUCCAGUGAAAUCUAGUCAAAAUGUACCGAACAAUACUGGUCCAGAUCUUGCUGUUGAAUUACCAGUUGAAAACAGAGAGAUAGGGAACCCUUCACCUGAAACACACAUGUUUUUGAAAUUGGCGGAGACUCCUUCCGAAAAUCAGCAGGUGACAGAACAAUCCCCUGAGACAUCAUCAAUCCCUGCAUCUAAACCACCUUUAAAAGACAAAAAUAUCAUUUGUCAAAAGAAUGUUCGGAAAAAUAGUUUUUCUGAUCAGGCUCAGAACGCUACACCCAAACGCCCUCUUAGAUCAGCCAGCCAGAAGCCAUUUGUUGCUCCAAUGUUGCCACCCACUUCCAAUUUGAUUACUUCCAUUUGCUCUCCAAACCCUUCUACACUUAUUCUUCCCCCGGCAGAACAGCUUCCGCCUCUCGUCCUUCCUUAUUCACUCGCGGUUACCACAUCUUCUCUAAAGAGGUCAUCUAAACCUUCAGGUUCUGAAAAUCCUCAACAGAAAACAGUCUCAGAACCUGUAGCCUCAAACAUUAAGAAGACACAGCCAACUGAGGUGGUCUCUGAAAAUGUACAAAAAACAGAAACACCCAGAGGAUCAGAAACCAAACAGAAAUUAAGAUCAGCUAAAGCUGUAACAGACGGCAGCAAGAAUGAGAAACAGCAACUUAGUGAGGGGGAAUCAAAGUCCUUAGAAAAUACAUGUCCUUUUAAGACAGAAUUGGAAAGGGAGCCUGUUUUGGUUAAAGGCAAACGAGGUCUUCGAAGGAAUGGAGAUGUAGUUGACGAAGCUUUGGUUCCAAAAAAAAAAGUACCAUCUUUAGUGGAUGGGCCUGCUGGUGGAGACAGUAAUGAUGCUUCUGUAUCAGACAAACCCACAAGAAUGCCAUUAAGGAGUGAGACCAUUAAGGCUGAAAUGUCGCACCAGUCUGUUAGUCAGUCACCACCAGCAGACAAGAAAUUAGCUUUGCGAUCACAGAGAUUUACAGCACUUUCUGCCAGUGCUCCUACAGAAACUUCAAAACAAAAUAAUGUAGCCUCCCCUGUUAGAAUAAUGCCAGAGCGAAUAUCCAAAGCUCAGGUGAAACCCAAUUCAGUGUCUGUUACAUCCGCUUCUCACGACACAAACCUUCCUGUGGUUGUCCCAAAACAAGAACCCCCUAAACAAGAACCCCCAAAACCUACAACCAACAAAUUCUUUGAGACCCUGACGGGGGAAGAGAGCCAACAUCUCAUUACAAAUCUAAACAACAAAUAUGAUAAACUGCUGAAAGGUUGGGUGCAAAUGGACAAAGAAGGUCAGCCAACAGCAAAAUACAAAAACAAAUCAGACAGACAGGCCGCUAUAUGGAAAAGUAAACGCAGGGCACGAAAGUCAAAGUCCUCAGAGCAUCAGAAGUACUCACCAGUCCAAAUGCUUUUCAUGAACGGUUUUAAUCUCACCAAUAUUUGUCGCUGGUUCUUAGAAUCAACAGAAACCAAGUCACUUGUCAUUGUCAAGAAGGUGAAUACUCGUCUUCCAUCAGAAACUCAGCUGUGCUUCCACAGCUCAGCAAGUUCAUCAGGGCCUUCACAAGGAGUGUUUCCAAGCCUCCAAGCAGAGCGUUUAAAGAAACACUUGAAAAAGUUUGCCAUUGCCUCUCCCGUAAAGAGCAACCCCAAGAGUCUGAAGCUUAUUGCUAAAGCACUUGAACAAGAGGCAAAUGCAGUUAAAGGAAAGGAGAAAGCAGAAGUUCCCAGCAAUACUCCAACUCCGAGUAAGUCAGCAGCCUCCGCCAAGGCCUGUGCACAAAAACGGGAAUCCAAAAAAUCCCCAGGAAAUAAGAAUCCAGCCAGUGCAAGAAUCCUGAGGAAGUAUUCCAACAUCAGAGAGAAGAUGCAGGUUCAGCAAACCACAGUGAGGCUAAAGGGGGCUGCAAAGAUGUUAAAAAACAAAAAGAUAAAAGCACUAGUUGCUACGAAAUCCGCUAAGUCAGAUCUUAAGCCAUCUCUGAAAGGACGAAAACCAGCUGUACCCAUCGGCAAACAAAUGAAAGAGUCUGCCGCAAAACUGCAAAGAAAAAUAUUCGCUGGAAAAAAGUCAAAACGUUUCGUUCAAAAGAAAGCAGGCAAGACUCAAGGCAGCAAAGCUCCCAAAACUACAAAUAAAGAACUACCAAAGAGAUCUUCUCAACGACUCGGGUCCCCUAAAAUAUCUGAACAGAACUCUGCGGACGCACCAAAAARCAAGGCGAACAGUAAAAAACAGAACGAAGCAGACAAAGCAGAACAGGAAAAAUGCGAAGGAAGUAAAGGGAGCUCUGCAAAAACUCAGCCGAAGGAUUCAUCUCAGAGUGUGGCUGCAGAAAGCAAGAGUUGUGAAAAUGCCGCUGAAAGCAAACCGCAGAGCGCAGAGGUGAAGUCUCCAGUCUCACCAGACCAGGUCCUAACCAGAUCCCAGAGAAAACUGGAGGCAACGGCCCCUCCGAGCGGGAGUCCAGGUCAUGCUUCAAAGAGAGCUGCGAAGCCGACAUCUUCACAUUCAGCAUCUCCUAAAGUUGUGAAGGAGGCAGAUGAGCCUAAACUAACGAGAAGCGGGGCUUUAAAGAGAUUGCAGACAACAUCGCUGCCACGCAGUGUGACGAAAGGAACUGCCAAGAGAGCUCAGGAACAAAUGGAGACCCCGGCUAAACGCACCAGGACAAAAUAACAUCAACCUGUACAGAGAUACCCACCACCACCAUUUUUUAUCUGCAACAUACUUAAAAAGACCAAAUGUUUCUAUUUUUUCCUAAACUCUUCAGAGAACGCUCUUCUCAGCGAGCUGUGGAAGAAACGGACACUAAGACUCCCUCACAUUUGUGAAACCGUAUUUCCUAAAGGUUUGUUCUGUGUUCAGGGACGACAGAUGUCUGACAGUUGCGGUUGCUUCAUGUGUCAGCCCUCAGCUAAACGGCUGGAGAUGGCAGAAGCCUGUCAAACCUCAUUUUAGUUGAGCUACAAAAAACAUGUCAUUAAAUUAACAGUCAUGUUAGUCUGCUCGUCUUUCUUUUUGUGUAGAUUUGUUUUAGACGUUGGUACAUGUCGCAUUACUGUUUUAAGAUCUCGAGAAGGGAGUUUUUGAAUCAAUUAACGUUUAUUUUUUCUGUACGGUCGUUUGGCAGAUUGUAUCUCCAGUCAGUCUUCCAAUCACAACUUUGUGAAUUCGUGACGUGACCAGGUGCCUUAUUUAUGAAUGUGUUGCUAAAUGUGAAAACUUCCCUCCUUUUCCUGGGGAUGCAGUUGACGUUCAUUUGCUUUGAGGGCAUUGUGGUUUUUUUAUGCCUAUUCCGCGAUUUCUCAUGUUGACUAUAACGUUCAGAUUGUGUGACUCCUCCCGCCUUUGACAGAUUAAAUUUUAUACCCUUUCCCAAAGCAUUAAGGUAAAAUUGCUCUGUUCUAAAUGUAAGAUCUGAAUUGUUAAAACGUUWGAUUUUUCUGUUAUUACCGUUCGUGAUGAGGUUUCAUCCCUGUGCACCUUGUUACCCACGUGUACCCGCCUCUGCAUGUGUGAAACCUUGGUAAAGUGUCAGCACGUUGUGCAGUGCAAUGCUAAAUUUAUUACUCACCUAAUAUUUGAGYGUACCCUCACCAGUCUUUCAGAUUUGAGAUGACUGCGGGGUCCCUGGCUUAUGGAUGGAAAAACUCCUGAUAUGAACAAACUUUACACCCUCUUGGCUGUUAGGGAUACAGUACAGUUACAUUUUCUGUUAAAAUUCCUAAGCGGGUUCUGACUAUUUGUGUUGGAGUUUAUAUUAUUAUUAUUUUUAUUAUUUACGAUUGUCRGGCAAGUUCUCAUAUUGUGAAGUCUGCUUACUUCCACAGUAGCUUCCUCUAGUGUUUAAACAAAUCAUUUUAGCACAGUUUUUCUCUUUCUUUUUUACGAUGCUCCUUUUCUUUUUAAGAAAGUAAAUCGUGUAAAAUGCAAAAAAAAAAAAAACAGGUCAGCUAUGUUUUUAUUGAUAUUUAAAAACUCCCAGUAGACUAAUGAAUUUAGAGAAUCUAAAACAUCCCACCAAAUGUCAGACUUGAACGUGUUUAUUCUUUGCAAUUGCUAUUUAAGGAUUYUGAUUUUGUAUAUUAGAAAAGAUAUACUUGCUUUAUUUGUGGUAAUCCCAAGAAAGAUGCAUCUUUGUGUUAAAAAUAAAACUUUGUAUUUUUGCUGGAGUUGAUAUAAAGAUGUUUGAAUUUUA